ACUCCACGGUAUUCUCUGUCUCCGAGCGCGCGCCCGGCACAUAGCCACUUCAGUACCGACCACGUGACAACAGACAUCCUCCAUUUUAUUGAAUUACACCGCCGAUGGACCUACUCUGAUUCAAAGAUGGAGGAAUCCCUGGACGGCCGCGAAGCUGGCGCCGGCGCAGCUGGCUUCGACUCGGCCGCCAUUUUAAAUGACGAUGUUUCUCCCACUACCAGCUUCUGUUACAGCAUACCCAACCUGUUUAAUGGUUUAGGCCCUGGCUCAGUGCUCUGCGAACGGCCCGAUGCCGAGGCUACGGAACCCUUCAGUGCCUCCGCGGAACAAUCUGAACCCGUACAACAUCAGCAGUUCGAAGACGACGAGGAGUACUCUCCAAAAUCGAAUUCAAAAAGCGAUAUACCAAAACGCAAACAACGUAGAUACAGGACAACUUUUUCAAACGUGCAGCUGGAGCAGCUAGAAGCAGCCUUCCACAAGACGCACUACCCUGAUGUGUUCUUCAGAGAGGAGUUGGCUAUGAGAAUCGACCUGACGGAGGCCAGGGUUCAGGUGUGGUUCCAAAACCGGCGGGCUAAGUGGCGCAAACAGCAGAAGACGGGUUGUGAGCCGUACCCUCGCGGAAGGUCUCCGGAACAGCGCUCCCCUUCAGCUCUGGCACUGGAAAUGAGGGACUUCAUUACUAUACCUGUGUCUUCACCACAAAUGGUGAACAUAGCCGAGGCAUCUACCCAAAACUAUGCCAAGUCAAAGCAAGCCAUGCCAGCGAUUCACAUAUCAGCCCUCCCGACUCGACAAAAUUCCCAAAUGGAACUACCCUCUUUCUCCAUACCACUCCAAUACAAUCUAGGCACCUUCAAAAAGGUAGAAGACGUACAAUUUGAUAUAGAAACGACAGAAAACGAGCAAUGGGAUGGCAGAAUGAUGCCAAACUUUAAUUUAAUGAAUUUGAAACCUUUGAUAGAAAAUCGAGAGAAUAUUGUCAUGUCUGAACUAAAAUAUGAAGUAAAGAAUGAAAAUAAUAAACGAGUGUAUAAUGAAAUAUCUAUUCAAGGUACUAGCAUAGAGGCAGAUGAUAUAUUAGGCAAAGAGACAGUUAAUGAAGGACAAACAAUUUCACCUGAUUUUGAAAUGGCAAGAUACGAAAACUUUCAAAGCGAAAGUGAGAAGAGAUAUAGAGAAGGUAGUUUUGAAGGAACCAGUAUGGAGGAUGGUAGGAGUGAUUUCAUAUGUGACAGUGAUUUUCUCUGUAAGAAUAAUUAUGAAAAAGUGGAUGAGAAGAGAAGUGAAUUUCAAGAAUGUCAUUUAUUAGAUACGGAGACUAACGUUGGCAUUAAUAAUUUCGAGUCUAAUAUAUAAUACAAUGUUUUACGAAGGAACAAUGUGCAAUACAU